UAUUGAGAGAGACAUGAGGAAGGAAGUCGGAUACGGGAGACACGGGACCAGCUUUGGGGCAGCAGACAGACUCAGCUCUGAUUUGGACAAGUGAGACAGGUUGCUGUCCUAACUGACAGAGAAAACCAGGCACACAUCCACCUCCUGAUCUAAAAUCACUGGACACCUGAGGGCUUGGGAACCCCCCAUCCAGGCUUCGCCCUGGAGGCCAAAAGCCUCGCUGAGGGCUCUGCGGAGGGGGAAUGCUGCAGGAGCUGCUCACCUCCUGCUGCACCCCCUCUCGUGUCAUCUGUACUCACUGCAGAGGAGCCGGGCUUCACCACUGUGGAGUUGUGCCAAGAUGGAGAAGACAUUUGCUUGAAUGCAUGCGAGGGAGAGAUGGAGGAGAUGAGUGGUCAAGAUCAAAACUGUGAAGACAUGCAAAGGAAGGACCAAAGAUUGCCAUUCCAGUCAGCUGCCCCUCCUUUCCUUCAGAUCUUCCCUGACCCUGUUGAGGUUGUCCUGGGCCCAGAGACCGACUUAAACAGCCUGGACCACAACCGCGAGAAGGAGCGUCUACCCUCCAUCGUUGUGGAACCCACGGAGUUGAGCGAGGUGGAAAGCGGAGAGCUUCGCUGGCCGCCAGAGAACAUGGACAUGGAGGAAGACGAGGAGGACCUGUUCUUGGAGCAGUGCAUCCCCCCAGCCAACAUUGCAGACUGGGGAGAAGAGGAGGAGGAAGAGGAGACGUCGGUUAUACUGAACCAACAGCAAGGCUUGACACUCAUCGACCUCCAGUCAGAUGCAUUUAGAGACGACACCCCCACGCUUCCACCGAGCAGUGCUCCGGCCCUCAACUGACUUAAUCUCUGAGAACUCUGAUGACCCUGUGAGGAAACAUCCUGGCAUUAAGUUUGGCAACUAUGGCAACAACAGAUGAGGCAAAGUGCCAACUGUAAGACGAGGUUGAUGAAGAGCAGAAAACAAGCAUCAAAAUGUGUUUAUGAUCUCGAGAACUGAUAAACAGCUUCACGCCAACUGUGACAUUUAUGUCCACAUUUAUAUCAACGGGUACCAGAUGAGUCAUAUACAAAUACACAUGUACACAGUGGGAACCAGCAACGGGUACAAAUACUCAAACACACAUUCACAGAAAACACAUAAGACUCAGCCCGCUGACGUUUGUGACAGAGAUUUGAGCAACGUUGUAUCUUUGCUAUUUUUUUAACUUCAUGGGAAACUUUUGCUGACGUUGUGACUUUGUGUUUCAAUUCCCUUAUUUCCUAAUUAUUAAGGGCUUGGUGAUGUCACAUGGCUAAAAGACGACAUCCUGCCAUGGCAACGAGUUAUCUUUUGUUUGUGCUUUGUUCACUUUCUACACAUCAACUCUGUCUCUGAUACAGAUAACAACCUGUACCUUAUAAAACAUGUUUCUCAUAGAUCAUCACUGUGACCCCACAGGAGCCAUUUGGGGACAUUUACCUGGUUAUACCUUCAGUAUGAACAGUAUUUAUUAAAACUCUUUAAAAUCUGUUGGCUGUUCUCUUCGUCGACUUUCUGUUUUGCUAAGCACAUCCAGCAAUUAUGCAAUAUGAUCUAAAUUUAGGGAAUGUCACCACAAUGAGACAUCACAAAUCUGAUGUCUCCGUAUGCAAGUGACUAAUGUUGUGGUCUUUAAAUCAUAGUUUUCCACAAGGUUAUAAAAAAUCCACUGAUCAGAGGCAAUUUUCUUUCUUUUUGUUGGACAGGAUUGGACAUUCAGUGUGUCUGUCAUGCAUGUAGAACCAAAACAAAGGAGGGCAGCUCUAGCUAAUUUUCAGUUGUAGACGACAUCGAGAACUGUAGUUGUGUAGUAACACUCUAAUUUGUGUGUAGACUGAUUUUUGAAUAACUUGUAUAUAUGGAAAAAGUUUUGGUGUUACUGUAAAAAUUAUUCUGAAUUUGAAAAUAAAGUAUUUUGUCCCACUAAUAUGGGAAAUCA